CAGCUGAUAGCUGACAUGCUUCCGUUGGCCGGUCAUAGCAUAUCGGUCGGCGUGCGCUGUUUGUUUCUGAUAACAACCAGAGCGCGAGUAGCGCGAUGUGCCUCCCACUUUGCCACCGUUACGCGUCUUAUAAAUAGCGAAGCGUCGCGUGUCCGAAAGCCGGUUUUCUUGCACGCACGACACGGAGCGGCGUUCGUUCAUUGCGCCAGCGGCAAAGAAACAUCAACAAAAACAAAAGAAACUCGUAGUGAACCAUAUCGAUUAAAAAUGUAUUUCAACGUCGUCAAGGAAACAGACCUACGGUCGAAUUCCUACGACGGAAUUGUCUACAUUUGCACCCCUGAUGUACCCACCGAUUCGGUGUGUCCUUGCGUGAAGACAUUGAACGCUGCUUCAAAGUACGACGCAUCCGUCACAAGGGGUUGUGGAGUUCUUCCUCUUGGCGAUGUCCCCGCUGGUAGACUCUUAUAUGCUUCGACAGGGAAAAUUGACCCUGACUAUCAUGAUGUGAGGCAAUUCCGUGAUGCGGCCGCCAAGGCAAUUAAAAAAGCUCUUGACGCUGGCGUUAAGAAACCGCUCGUGUAUCUUCACGACCAUCCCGAAUUCGAAGAUGCCGAUUUGGUUACUCUUCUAGGAAUUUUCGAAGCUUUACAUGUUCCAAUUCAAAUCCGGGAAUUGAAGCCGUCCAAUUUACCAACGAUAGAAGUUCUCGGCGUGUCACACAAAAAUCCUGCAAAGUUAGACGAGUUAAUCAGACUUGCAAAAACACUUGAAGCUGGUCGUAUUGUGGCGAGGGACAUUGGCGAUGGUGAUCCUGAACGCAUGGCACCUCCAAUGGUGCGCAAAUACGUCGAGGAGGCUUUUAAGGAGACAUGCAUCAAGGUCACGGUCCUUGAUGAUCCAGCUCAAAUUAAACGAGAGUAUCCUCUGUUUGAAGCCGUUGAUCGCGCUGCCGGUAAAGUAGAACGUCACAAGGGAUGCAUUGUUUUUCUGGACUAUGAUCCAGGCACUACAGUAAAGGAAACAUUAAUGUUUGUUGGCAAGGGUGUGACUUAUGACACUGGUGGUGCUGAUAUCAAAGCUGGUGGAGUAAUGGCUGGUAUGUCAAGGGAUAAAUGCGGAGCGGCCGCAGUGGCUGGUUUCAUGAAAAUUGUCUCACAGAUGCAACCAAAACAUGUUCGCGUUGUGUCCGCUAUGAGUUUGGUGAGAAACAGCGUUGGAUCAGAAUGUUAUGUUUCUGAUGAGUUGAUUAAGGCUCGUUCUGGGGAACUUGUGAGGAUUGGCAAUACAGAUGCCGAAGGACGUAUGAUAAUGGCCGAUGUUCUAUGCCGGAUGAAGGAAUUGGCAGUGGGUAUGACCAACCCUCACUUGUUUACAAUUGCCACCCUCACUGGACAUGCCUGUCUUGCAGUAGGUCUUGGAUAUUCAAUUGCUGUUGAUAAUGGACCUGCACGCAAAGCUGCUGUGGGUAACAGACUGCAACGCUCCGGUGAAGCUUUGGGUGACCCCUUCGAGAUCUCCACCAUGCGAAGGGAAGAUUUGGCAUUCCAUAGGGGUCGCGCUGCUGGCGAUGACAUUAUGCAAAGCAACGAUCUACCAUCGUCGCGUACACCACGUGGUCAUCAAACUCCAGCGGCAUUCCUCUUACUUGCCUCCGGUCUGGACAAAUAUGGCUCCGGCAGCGCUACCCCACUCAAGUACAGUCACUUAGAUAUUGCGGCUUCUGGUGGCCAUUUCCCUGAACCGUCCACUGCUGCGCCUGUGCUUGCAUUGGCUAAAGCAUUCUUACUUUAAUUUAAUCAAACAGAACAAACUUAACACAGGAAAUACUGUACUUUAAAAGAAAUUGCGGUUUUUGUAGUUAGAAAUAUUGUUAUUGCUUACAUUUGAAGCGCCGGGAUUUUUAAGUUACAAUUAUAGGUUAUGAACGCCGUGAAUGUUCAGGAAUUUACAUUUUAAGAGGGUUAUAUACAAUAAAUUAAAAUAAAUUUACAA